AUGGCUUCAGUCCGAGCUCUGUUCAUGCUGCUGCCUGUCGCCUGGAGCUGCGUGCCUCAGAAAGCAGACUACGUCAUGGUGUCGUGUUUUCCCAACGCCAUCAUCGCCAACGUGCCCGAGUGUCCCUACGGCUGGGAGAUCGAGCAGCUGUCCCUGGGCGGGGUGUGUUACACGGGGAUACACAGUCCAGGCUUCUACCGCUUCAGCAUCCCGGACCUCACGCCCAAAAACCACUCAUACUGCGGCACGCAGUCUGAGUUCAUCCCCGGGAAGGACCCCAGGUACAUGUUCUACAACUCCAUCGUGUCCAACGACACGUCGCUGACGGUGCGGAACCAGCCGGUCAACUACACCUUCAGCUGCGUGUACCGGGCGGCCUACCUGGUGAACAACGCCGUCUUCAGCCAGAGAGUGGCUACAGUUUAUGUCAACAAUGGGAGUUUAGGCACUUUUAGGUCACAGUUGUCUAUGAACGUCUUCACGAACUCAAAGUUCCUGUACGCCAAAGACGCCCCCUACGUGAUCGACACGUCCGAGAUCGGCUCGGAGGUUUUCAUCGGCAUCGAGGCCAAAGGUCUCAGUAACAGGUUCCGAGUUGUGAUCAGUAACUGCUGGGCCACUCCGACUCCGUACUCCACUGACAGGAAGCGGUGGAGCCUCAUCAUUAACAGCUGCUCCUCCGACAACACUGUGACCAUUUUUGAGAACGCCAAAGACAGCCGCUCCAUGUUCAAGUUCAACUCCUUCCGCUUCCAGCGGCUGGAGAAAGUUUCCACCGUGUGGCUGCACUGCGAGGUGCAGGUGUGUGACGCAGAGAGGCUCGUCUGCCAGCCGGGUCCGUGUUCCGCGAGGAGCCGGUCGUUGGAGGUCGACCCCAGCGGGGGCGUCCUGACAGCCGAAUUCCAAAUCAGAGGUAAUGGAUCCUCUAAUAAGGCUCACAUAACAGGCACGUCUCUGCUCGCCCUGCUGGUGGUCCUGCUGAACACGCGCUGUGAUUCGGUCACUGCGUCCACGCCGUGGUAA